CCAACCCAGUUGGACUACAAGGGCCAGCGUGCACUGCGCGCCUUUAGGGGCGGAACCUGAAGGACCGGCCUCUUUGUGACAUCACGUCCGCUACGCCGCGCUGUUCUUCUUUCCCAGGGCGCGCAGCUUGGAGGCGGGAGGGGAGCAUCUGGGAGGUGAAGAGGUAGCGGGGUAGAGGGCGCGCGAAUGUGGGAGGCCCCAACCCUGCUGGGCUCAGCGCUAACUCAGACCAUGUGGACCGCUGAUGAGAUUGCAUGGCUGUGUUAUGAGCACUACCAGACCAGGCUGCCCAAGCAGGGGAAGCCUGAGCCCAACCGUGAGUGGACGUUGCUAGCAGCCGUGGUGAAGAUACAGCCUGCCACCGACCAGGCCUGUGGCGGCGCUAACAAACCGGUGCAAGUGACAAAGGAAGUUGUCUCAAUGGGAACGGGGACGAAAUGCAUAGGCCAGUCCAAAAUGAGGAAGAGCGGAGACAUCCUCAAUGAUAGCCAUGCUGAGGUCAUAGCCAGGAGGAGUUUCCAAAGGUACCUUCUGCAUCAGCUCCACUUGGCGGCCGCCCUGAAGGAGAAUAGCAUUUUUGUCCCUGGAACUCAGAGAGGGCUGUGGAAACUCAGACAAGGCAUCUUGUUUGUGUUUUUCUCCAGCCAUACACCCUGUGGGGAUGCCUCCAUCAUUCCAAUGCUUGAGUUUGAAGAUCAGCCCUGCUGUCCCGUCAGUAGACGUUGGGCCAAUAAGCCAUCAGAAGAAGCCAGUGGUAACCCAGAAACUCCUGAAGAUGAAAAGAAAUAUGAAGACCUGGGUAGUCCUGUGACCAAAAAGAUGAGGCUUGAACCUGGGAUUCCUGAUGGUGUGGCUCACUGUCAGAGUUUGGACAAUCAGGAAAGUGGUCCAGUCCCACCAACUGUCAGCAGCUCUAAUGUCCCCACACAGGAACUGGCCACUGUCGCCGGAAGGGCCCCCAGUGGUGCCAAAGUGGUGGACGUUUAUAGAACUGGAGCCAAAUGUGUGCCUGGAGAAGCUGGAGACUCGGGAAAGCCUGGUGCAGCAUAUCACCAGGUGGGCCUGCUCCGGGUGAAGCCAGGCCGGGGAGACAGGACCCGCUCCAUGUCCUGCAGUGACAAGUUGGCACGGUGGAAUGUCCUCGGAUGCCAGGGGGCACUGCUGAUGCACCUUCUAGAAGAGCCUGUCUACCUGUCAGCCGUGGUCAUUGGGAGGUGCCCGUACAGCCAGGAGGCCAUGCGGAGAGCUCUGACUGGGAGGUGUCAGAACGUCUCAGCUUUACCCAAAGGCUUUGGAGUUCAAGAAGUGACAAUACAGCAGUCCGGUUUACUGUUUGAACAGAGCCGCGGCGCAGUGCAGGCAAAAAGGGCUGACAGCCCAGGCCGACUUGUUCCUUGUGGCGCAGCCAUCAGCUGGAGUGCGGUUCCUGAGCAGCCGCUGGAUGUCACUGCCAAUGGCUUUCCACAGGGAACAACACGGAAGGCAAUCAGGUGCCUUCAGGCCAGAUCCCAAAUCAGCAAAGUGGAACUCUUUAGAUCAUUUCAGAAACUGCUAAGCAGUAUUUCAGAGGACAAGUGGCCAGACUCCCUCAGGGGUCACAGAAAGACACAGGCCUUCGAUGCGUAUCCUCUGACCUAGCAGGGCAAGGAUGGGUUGUGGCCAUAGACAUGACUUGGAACUGCAGCUCCAGGAUGUACUGGUUGUGUGAUCUCGGAUCGGUCAGAACAUUCUCAGAGUGCCAGCAUCGUCCUCUUUGAAGCGAGGGCAACGCUGCCCCCGGCAACAGGGUCUCAGGGAUAAGAUCAGAUCACGUAGAACACAGCCAUGAGGAGGGCCGCCUAGCUGGCACACAGGAAACGCCAUCCUUGGUAUUUUAGCUCACAAGUGACUCUUCAGUUGGCGAAUCCUGAUUUCCAGAGCUUUUGCUAAUGAACCUAAGAGACUGUCCUUAGGAGGAGCCUACUAGGCACGUGUUUGUGGAGCCUCUCGCUGCACACCAGGCACGCACGUUUGCCAGCACAGACCAUCUCCGCUCCGCAUCUGGAAGCAGCGGCCUCUCUCCAGCUGCCAACGGGGCGAGGAAGCGAAGCUGUUGAUCACAGAGGUAUCUGUAGAUCCUCCCACUAACUGCGGCUUUGCCUCCCUGAUGUCAACCACCAGGAUUGGGGUUUUCCUCCGUAAGGAAAUCAAGAUGAAAAGGGGAGCCAAUUGCACUUUUUAAAGCGUUCCGACAUUUGGUCUAAUGAAGAGCAAGCAAGCCUUCUGAGAAUAAGAAAAUUGAUAUUGCCUCCUUCCAAAUUCUCCUUGGAGAUCCUUGGGCCACCUUUGGGACUGGUGCCUGGAUGCCCAAAGCUGCCCCGUGCCCUCCCUGUGGCCACCGUGUGUUUCAGCCACUGCUGCAAAAUUAAGACACAUCAGUGCUCGUUACAUAGGCUCUCGGCCCCAGGUCGACCAGCCCCCUGUGCCUUCUGAACACCAUCAGCAUGGCAGACAUGACGCUGUGCGCCAGAGGUGCGGGGAUAGGGACGGUCCUCUUGUUCCUCCUUGACCGACGGGGAAGACGGGCAGGUGCCUUCACGGUGGAACAGCGCAGUGUGAGGGUGGCUGUGAUAGAGACCUAACACCCAACUGGGGGAGGGGCGCAAGGCGGACCGUAGGAUCACGGGUUAGCGGGCAGAGAGAAAUGGUGGCGCCUGCGGGACAGCUUGCGAGAAGAUCUGAGGUCCAAUCACCACAUACAAAGGCCAGCAAGGAGAGCAGGGCACGACUGGGCUGGCGGAGUAUGAGGAGCUCGAGGGCCACCUGGGGCAAGUCAGAGAGGACUUGGGGUUUUCUCCUGAAGGCUCAGCACUUCAGGGAUGGUGAGAAAAGGGUGUUGGGAUGGAAGCGGCAUUUUAGAAAGAUCGCUCUCCUCUGCGGCAGGGAGGCUAGAAUGGCAGGGGCAGGGAUGGUGGCGGGGAGACCACAGAUGGGGGGUUACUGGAGUCAUUAAAAGAGGAAUGCUGAAGCCCAGACAGUAAUGGUGUUAGGAGCCAUACGGAGAGGACCAAGCAGAGAAAUACACAGCAGCCAGUGGGGCUGAUUGGCUGGUUGCAGGUAGGGGAUGAGCAGGAGGGAGGAAGGAAGGAGGAUGCUCCCAGGUUACUGCUGGGUGACAGGACGGACGGAAUGUGGUGCCACGUAUCAGGGUAGGGGACCCGGGGAAGAGAAGCCGCAAGCCGAGGAUGAUGAGCUCAGUUUCCGAGUACUACCUCGGGAUAAGGACCAGGGGUGGGCACUUUGAAGGGAGUGGUUCGGGGCUCUGGAGAGACAGAUGGACUGCAGACAGAGAUGGGGGGGCCAUCUAUUUCUAGGAAGUCCUUGAAGAUGUGAGUUAAGGUAAAAUCCUCCAGAGAGAAUGUGGGUAGAAAGAGAAGAAACAUGGACCCUGGCCUGAGCCCUGGAGGCCAUGGAGAGCUCAGGAGAAAGCAGAGAAGCACAGAGAAGAGUGUGACCAUCCAGUUAGUAGCUUCAAGGCGAGGUGGGGGUGGGUGGGGGGGAA